GUCUGAGCUCAGCCUUCACCGAGGUGCACACCAGAGGAGAAGGUGCACACCGGGAGGGGAGACGCAUGAGGGUUUCGUCUCAGGAGCUGGACUAACAACUCGGGGUUUGUCCUCCUGUCGGUGUCGGUGAGGAGAGGAGAGGAGAGGGAAGGAGAGGAGAGGAGACAGAGGGGGGAUCUUCAGUGCUGGAGCGACCAGCUGCCUUUUCUUCUGUCGGGGCUGCGGUAAAAGUCGUUCACGAUGCCGGUGUUUCACACCAAGACCAUCGAGAGUAUCCUGGAGCCGGUGGCCCAGCAGAUCUCCCACCUGGUCAUCAUGCACGAGGAGGGGGAGGUGGACGGGAAAGCCAUCCCAGAUCUGACGGUACCGGUGGCCGCGGUGCAGGCGGCAGUCAGCAACCUUGUGCGGGUGGGGAAGGAGACUGUUCAAACCACUGAGGACCAGGUGAUGAAGAGAGACAUGCCUCCUGCGUUCAUUAAGGUGGAGAACUCGAGCUCCAAGCUCGUCCAGGCGUCUCAGAUGCUAAAGGCAGAUCCAUACUCUGUUCCUGCACGAGACUACCUGAUCGAUGGAUCCAGAGGGAUACUGUCUGGAACGUCCGACCUGCUCCUUACUUUUGAUGAGGCAGAGGUGCGUAAGAUAAUUCGUGUGUGCAAAGGUAUCCUAGAGUAUCUGACAGUGGCUGAGGUGGUGGAGACCAUGGAGGACCUCAUCACUUACACCAAGAACCUGGGACCAGGGAUGACCAAAAUGUCAAAGAUGAUUGAGGAGAGGCAGCAGGAGCUGACGCACCAAGAACACAGACAGAUGCUAAUAAACUCCAUGAACACUAUCAAAGAGCUGCUGCCUGUUCUUAUAUCAGCUAUAAAGAUUUUUGUGGCAACCAAGAGCAGUCGAGGUGCCGGCCUUGAGGAGGCAGAGAGGAACAGACGGUUUACCUUUGAAAAGAUGAGCGCUGAAAUCAACGAGAUCAUAAGAGUCUUACAGCUCACCACGUGGGAUGAAGACGCCUGGGCCAAUAAGGACAUGGAGGCUUUGAAGAGAUGUCUGGCUUUGAUUGAGUCAAAGAUGGCACAAGCUAAAAGCUGGCUCAAAGACCCUCAUGGACAACCAGGAGACCCCGGUGAGGUCGCCCUGCGUGUGAUACUGGAUGAAGCCGGUAAGGUGGGAGAGCUGUGUGCUGGGAAGGAGAGGAAAGAUAUACUGGCAACCGCCAAGGCUCUGGGACAAAUGACCGACCAGAUUGCAGAUCUACGAGCCAGAGGCCAGGGCCCGACCCCAGGGUGUGUGCAGCGUGCAGGCCAGUGCUCACAGGGCUUAGACUUGUUAUUUGGCAAAGUGGACGGUGCUGCCCGCAGACUGGAGGCUCUAAUCAAUGCCAAGCAGGCCAUUGCCAGGAGGCUGGAUGCUGCGCAGGCCUGGCUGGCCGAUCCUAACGGUGGUCCUGAGGGGGAGGAGAACAUCAGAGCGCUACUAGCAGAGGCCAAACGCAUCGCCGAUCUAUGUGAAGACCCCAAAGAGAGGGACGACAUCCUGCGCUCCAUCAGUGAGAUCGCAGGCCUCACUGCCAGACUCGUGGAGCUACGCAAACAGCUCAAACUGCAACCUCAUGCCAUCAGUAGGUGGCAUAUUUUACCCACCUGGAAAAUAUGUUGUUGCCUGUCAACCCUGGGGAUCAGUCCUACAAUAAGGGGUAAAGGUGACAGCCCAGAGGCCCGCGCAUUGGCAAAGCAGAUUGGGGCGGCGCUGCUGACCCUGCAGUCCAAAACAAACCGGGCUGUGGCCAACAUGAGACCGGCCAAACCUGCCGUCACCUUGGAGGGCAAGAUGGAGCAGGCCCUCCGCUGGGUGAACAACCCGGGGGUGGACGACAGAGGAGUAGCAGAGUGUGAGAUACUGCAGUGGAACACAGGUCAGGCAGCAAUCAGAGGAAUGGUCGGAGAAGGGAAGAGGUUGGCAGGAGGCCUGUUAGGCCCGUAUCGGCAGGAUAUGAUUGGACGCUGUGACCGAACAGAAGCUCUCAUGGCAUCGUUGGCAGACAUGGCCGGCAGGGGCGAGGCUGAGGCUCCUCAUGCACGAGCUACAGCUGCACAGCUACAGGACAGCCUCAAGGACCUGAGGCAACACAUGCAGGAGGUGAUGACCCAGGAAGUGUCUGAUGUUUUCAGUGACACCACGACCCCGAUCAAACUGCUAGCCGUGGCUGCAACUGCUCCUCCUGAUGCCCCCAACAGAGAGGAGGUUUUUGAAGAGCGUGCAGGGAACUUUGAGACCCACGCAGGUCGGCUGGGAGCGACCGCAGAGAAGGCUGCUGCCGUGGGAACAGCUAAUAAGAGUACAGUGGAGGGGAUACAUGCUGCUGUGAAACAUGCCAGGGAGCUGACGCCACAGGUGACCUGUGCUGCUCGGAUCUUGCUGAAGAAUCCUGGAAAUAAAGCAGCGUACGAGCACUUUGACACCAUGAAGAACCAGUGGAUCGACAAUGUGGAGAGACUCACUGGUCUGGUGGACGAGGCCAUCGACACCAAAUCUCUGCUGGAUGCUUCUGAGGAGGCCAUAAAGAAAGACAUCGACAAGUGCCGAGUUGCCAUGGCGAAUGUUCAGCCCCAAAUGCUUGUUGCCGGGGCAACAAGCAUAGCAAGACGAGCUAAUCGGGUCCUGUUGGUGGCUAAAAGGGAAGUGGAGAACUCUGAAGAUCCACGGUUCAGAGACACGGUGAAACAUGCGUCAGACAUCCUCUCCCACACCAUCUCACCCAUGGUGAUGGACGCCAAAGCAGUGGCUGGAAACAUACAAGAUAAAGCUCUGCAAAAGGCCUAUUUGGACUCGUGUCUGAGGAUCCUGGCUUCAGUCGGAAAAGUGAGAGAAGCCUUCCAACCUCAGGAGCCUGACUUCCCUCCUCCACCACCCGACCUGGACCAGCUCCAUGUUAGUGAUGAGCAGGCGCCACCCAAGCCCCCCUUACCAGAGGGCGAGGUGCCCCCACCUCGGCCCCCUCCUCCGGAGGAGAAGGAUGAAGAGUUCCCAGAGCAGAAGGCUGGAGAGGUGCUCAGCGAGCCCAUGAUGGUGGCGGCAAGGCAGCUGCACGAUGAGGCACGCAAGUGGUCGAGCAAGCCUGAGGAUGAGGAGGCAGUAGAGGAGAGAGAGGUAGAUGAUGAAGAUGAGUUUACUGAUGGUGAGGAUGACUAUGAGCCAGAGCUGCUGAUGAUGCCCUCCAACCAGCCUGUCAAUCAACCCAUUCUGGCAGCAGCCCAGUCUCUCCACCAGGAGGCGCGCAAGUGGUCCAGCAAGGGUAAUGACAUUAUAGCAGCAGCCAAGCGGAUGGCCCUGCUGAUGGCAGAAAUGUCUCGGCUGGUGCGUGGCGGGAGCGGGAACAAACGAGCGCUGAUUCAGUGUGCCAAGGACAUCGCCAAGGCCUCAGAUGAGGUGACGAGACUGGCUAAAGAAGUGGCCAAGCAGUGCACCGACAGACGCAUCAGAACUAACCUGCUGCAGGUGUGUGAACGGAUCCCCACCAUCAGUACUCAGCUGAAGAUCCUCUCGACCGUCAAAGCCACUAUGCUGGGACGAACAAACAUCAGUGAAGAAGAGUCAGAGCAGGCCACAGAGAUGUUGGUCCAUAACGCCCAGAAUCUAAUGCAGUCGGUGAAGGAGACCGUCAGGGAAGCAGAAGCAGCCUCCAUCAAGAUCCGCACAGAUGCAGGAUGCACCCUUCGCUGGGUGCGCAAAACCCCCUGGUACCAAUAAACAAACCUGGUCCUUGAAUCUAGCAACAAUCUUAACUUUGCACCGAUAGCACACACCCUGGGGUAAAAGUAGCAAAGUGCAAACAUGUGCACUUCUUCACAGAGGAGACUGAUGGUGAUGUGGCGUGUACCAGGAACCAUCAGAUUUGGUACCAAGCAGGUUUCAUUUAUCGGAGUGAGUUUAGCUUUGCUCUCCAGCUCUCCUUAUCUGUAACUGUGGAAUCACGUAGGCUUACGGAGACAGUUUUUAAUAUAUAUUUUUGGUAUGUUGUGUUACAAGAGUUUAUCCAAAUCCCAGGUAUAUAUUUUUUGCAUGAAAAUUUUUUCUAUUUUCUAAAGGAAAAUUAUGACAUUAAGAUACUUAUCUCCUAGAGAACAUUUACUUUGAAUUCUUUUCUUUUUUUCAGUGAGAGUUUCUUAUUGUCUAUUGUAUAUACAGUAAUAAUUUGUUUAAUGGACAACACUCAGCUACGAGCUUUAUACACUGAGUUUGACACUAAAGUGUGGAGUCUUGUGUGGGCCAACGAGCUCUCCUCUCUUCAUGUUUACUUUUAACACUGUUCUUAAAUGAAGAUCUAUGAAUUCAAAGGUGAUACAUCAUCACUGUUGUCCGGUGAUGUCUGAAGAACCAGAAGGUCUUCUGGAUUUAAAGUGUUAUACUUAUAGGCAAAAGAUAUAGUUUCAGAAGUGAUUGUAUAAUUUAAAAAGAAAUGUACGCUUGUCAAUAAAUAAUGAAUAAUGUUGAUUGCAGGAAGGUCGAUUCUUAAUAGAAAAGAGGUUUUCAUGUGACAGUUGCAGUAUGAGUGAUAGACGUUAAGGUUUAAGUUGAGACGUUCUUAAUGGGUGUAUUGAGUUCUUUCUUUUAACAGUGAACAAUGCCAAAGGAUUUGUUUUAUGGUACUGUAUGUUUCAUCUUAACACUUAAAGGGACAGUUCACCCCGAAAUCAAAAAUACAUAUUUUUCCUCUUACAUGUAGUGCUAUUUAUCAGUCUAGAUUGUUUUUGGUGUGAGUUGUUGAGUGCUGGAGAUAUCGGCCGUAGAGAUGUCUGCCUUCUCUUACAUAUAAUGGAACUAGAUGGCACACAGCUUGUGGUGCUCAAAGUGCCAAAAAAUACGUUUGAAAAACUCAACAGCAGUGUCUCUUUCCAGAAAUCAUGACCUGCUUACUCAAGAUAAUCCACAGACCUUGUUGUGAGCAGUUUCAUGUAGGGACUAUUUUCUUUCUCCUAAACUAAACCCACCAACACCGUGCAUUUUGCGUGCUCACCUAGCAUCACUGACCUGGCUAACGUUACAGCUCAGCCAAGGAGAAUGCCAUUAAUGUUUAGAUCUCACGCUGCCAUGAGCAUGAGCCUCUCAUCCAUGAGUAGAUGCAUGCACAGGCAUGGAUUUUGAGGGGAUGCAAAGACACAUCCCCAUCAAUAUUUAGAGGAUGUGACUUUGUCCCCCCUAGUAAAAACAUGAAAGUAACAGGACUUUUACUUCGACAAACUGCUCAAACUCAACUCAUAGUGGUGGCAAUAUACAACCUUAAAACAAUGGUUGCAAUCUGCUAUAAAACAGGAAGAAGAUGAAGCAACUAUGCUGGAUAGAAGAAAGGAAGUACCAACCCAUUUUCACUCCUUGCUCUCAUUGUGUAAUAUUGCCGGGGAGUGUUUACAUUGGGGUCAACUGAAAGCCUGGGGAUCAUAAUAUAGACGCUAAAGGGUGCCUUUGGCGAAGGCAUCAUAAGCUGAAGGAUGUGACAAGGCAUCGGCAUUCAACAUGCUGGGAAUGAGAACGUGCUGGAGAAUAUUUUCACCAUACAUUGAUGCAGAAAAGACACAAAUUGGUCCAUCUUUGCAUACAGGAAUAAAGUGUUUGAAACUCAAAAUAAAUUGGAGGAAGGACCUCUAGACCGUCCCCCUCAAAUGUUGACAAAAAACCUGCCCCCUUAGAUGCAACACAACAAGGUCUGUGGAUUAUCUUGAGUAACUGGGUCAUGAUUUCUGGAAAGAGACAUUGCUGUUGAGUUUUUCAAAUGCAUUUUUUGGUGCUUUGAGUACUACAACCCGAGUGCCAUCUAGUGCUAUUUUAUUUUGGAGACAGCAGACAUCUCUACGGUCGAUAUCUCCAACACUGCAACUCACACCAAAAUAAUCUAGACUGAUAAAUAGCACUACAGGUGGGAGGAAAAAUAUGUAUUUUUGUUUUUGGGGUGAACUGUCUCUUUAAAAUCCAGGUUAUUACAAACGAGACAGACCGUUUUCUUUAGAGUCGCUGAGGUACUUUUUGAGGUCUGAUAUUUUUAUGUUUUUUGUUUUUAGAAAAAAAAAAGAAAAAUAAUGUUUUCUCUUUUUUAACUAAUUGUAGUGCUUUGUUUUUGCACUAUCUCUGUAACAGUUGAGCUGUUUGGAUAUUUUAUUCAAAAUUCAUCAGAACCAAUGACAUCAGACAGCUGUUCAACCUCCUGAUUGUAGACUUCUCUCCAUGUGUGAGCUCACUCAUCCCACUCUGAAUGCUCUGAAGCAUCAUCUUCAUAUAAGACAACCCCGGUGGUUUGGAAACAAAAACAACCUUUUUAAGUGAUACCAGGCAUUGAUGUCAGUGUCGUUUUUGUUAUAGGAGUAGAGUUUUGUCUGGAAAAAAUACACAGCAGUUUAAAGAUUUGUGAUUGGUAAAUUCAAUCAGAUCAUUGAAAACAUAUUUUCAUUCCCUACACAGUAAUCCAUUGAGUUUUAUGACACAUUUUUACAAUGGCCGGGCAAAUUUAACUAUUAAAUGGAGAAUGUGUAUGUGUGUGUGUGUAUGUGUGAAACCUCUUCACUUAAUCAGUAUUAGUGAGCCGUGCCCUCGAUGGUUACAGGGACAGAGCUCUAAAUGUUAGCCGCAUUUACAUCUUUAUUUGAGCCUACUGAGCAUGUAGCAGUCACUGACCCCUCACUGAGAGCGACAGGGUGUACUUCUGUGUGUACUUGAUGUGUUCAUUCACACCCUGAAUGUAUUCUGAUAGCUUCUCGCCCUGCCAACACAUCUGCUGUGCCUUGGAAGAAUAAAAGACUAUAAUAAU